AUGGCACAAAACAAGGCACUGCUGUACUUCCUACUCCUGGUUUCCAAUCAGCUACUGCUCGUGUCGGCGCCAGCUUUACGGUGCCCUGACAGCUGUCGCUCCCAAACCCUGUAUCUGUUUGGAAGAGUAGUCAUCUGUCACUGUCCAGAUAAAAACUGGGCGGGGUCCCCCUGCAGCUGGAUUGGGUACGGAGGAACGUACAGCUUCCCCGCAUGUCUCGACGCCAUACCAACUGGCUUCGACAAAGCCACGCGAUCGAUCUUCAUCAAGAAUCUCCGUUCCUCUACCAUUUUGGAGCGGUCUUUCCCCAACAGCCCAGAAGUACAGAACCUUUGGAUCAUGCAGUCCAACGUGUCCACGGUGCAGCCAGGGGCUUUCCAAGGUCUGCCAUUGGUGAAAACCCUUUCCCUCAGUGACAACCGUAUCUCCAGUCUUGAACCUGACACCUUCCUUGGGCUUGAGAGGGUAACAAACCUCAACCUCGAAAGGAAUGCCAUUUCUGUCAUAUCCAAGCAUGCAUUCCGCGGCCUACCUCUCCUUGCGAGGUUGAAGUUGAACAAGAACCGUCUGCGUUCUGUGCCCGUCGACGCACUCCUGCCGCUUACAGCACUGAAGUUUGCAAGCCUGAAAACAAACCGCAUCACCACGAUCGACAGCCAAGUCCUGCGUCUGAGUCACAAACAGGCGCUACGGCUUUACCUAGCAAAAAACCCGCUGAAGUGUAACGCCAAUCUCACCUGGUUCAUCUGUCAUCUGCCAGAGUUGAAUCACAUCUUUGACCGUGACUUCCUGAGGUGUGCAUCGCCUGCCAACCUGAGCGGAAUUCUGCUUGCCACCGUGAGGAAGGACAUCAGUCAGACCGACACGGACUGGUCACCACAGGACAUCAGGUCGGGGAGAUGUGACGAAAUGUCCACCACAACAGGUCCGCAUACUCACCACACCAGUCUGUACAACAACACCAUCCUCACAGAGAUGCCACACACAAACGCCACCCCAGGCUCCGAGUACCAGGCUACAACAAGCCAGGCUACAACUGGAACUGACAUUGUCACUCGUCCAAGUUUUGGCCCAAUCCUCACCGAGGAAGAUUACAGUUGCUACGUCAAUGCCGUCAUCAUGUCUGUUGCUGUGUCCCUCCUCAUAGUGUUGGUAUGGGUGGUUGUUAUCUGCUUGUACGAACGCUACCACGGUACAGGUAUGGCCUGUCACCUUCAUUAAUGAAGACCCAGGGCCACAGCUUCAGCCAUACACACUGACCCAUGAUGAAGACCCAGGGCCACAGCU